AUGAAGCUCUCUAAAGCUCUAAGCUAUGCUUUUUUUAUAAUUUCUACAUUCGCCUCUGAUACUUGGGUCUCAUAUUCUGGACCUCAAUAUGUUGCAAUGUCAUGCAAAGCAGCUAUCGAAAAUGUUACAACAUACUGUCCUGGAUCCAAGAAAAAGAAAGGCUAUGGAUGUGCCUGUAAGAAUAAGGCUGAGUUAGGAUCUUGGAUUUCUUGUGCUUAUCAACAUACGUCGGAAUUUGAUACAGAUGUUGAAUCUGCUAUCAUACAAUUUUGCAGCAAAGCUAAAAAGGUUCCAACACAUUCUUCUCUUAAGAAGCAAUACAAGAAUGCAACAAGCUAUAUUGUUGACAUAGAUACUAAAGCACAGAAGCCGAAGACGACAAAUGUACCAAUUAAAGGUGCUUUAGUGAACAAUCUUUACACCAGGUAUUCUGAUUCGUAUCGCAGCAGAUGGGGAAACUAUAGAACGUCUCAUUAUUUGGGUAUUUCGUUCCUUGCCAUUUUAGCGGGAAUAAUGGUCAUUGCAGGAAUUUUUAAUUGGCUAUGUGUGAUCUCUCCAACGGUUGAAAAUAAAAGCAAGAGAGGCCUUACGAAAAAGCUAGUUAAGUAUAUAACACUACCUGCAACGUUUGGAAAAAAACAUAUAGAGGCAUGGAAAUUAGGUCAGUUUCCAGAUAGAUUCGAGAGCAUUUUACUAUGUGGAAUCUUUUUGUAUUCACUUUUCUCUUGUGCCAUUAUCGGUUUUAGUUAUCAUGAUGGUGAUCCUGUUUUCAAAAAGAGAUCUGCUGGUAUUUCCAGAUAUUACGGUGAUAGAACGGCUAUUCUUGCCAGUUACCAAUUCCCGUUACUUUUUAUAUUCCCGGGUAGAAAUAAUAUCUUUCAACUUUUCACCAGAUGGAAGUAUUCCAGGUUUGUUACUCUUCAUAAAUGGAUUGCAAGAAUUGUUCUCUUAGAAAUGUUGGUUCAUGCAAUUUCCUUUUCUGUCCAGAGUGCCGGUUUGGGAAAGACCGCAUCACGAUUGGCCUCCACUUAUUAUAGAUAUGGAAUUGUUUCUAUAAUUCUCCUCUGGUUAAUGGGUGCUACUUCCGUCUUCUUUAUUAGACGUUAUUCCUACCAGGUAUUUGCAUUUUGUCAUAUCGUACUUGCUGCGGUCUUUCUAUAUGCAAUUCAUUAUCAUGUUAAUACCCUAGAAUUUGCACCAUAUUACUGGACAUGUAUAGCUAUCUGGGUGUUUGAUAGAUUUAUUCGAUCGCUUCGUGUUCUUCAGUUUGGUGGAGUUAGAAAUGCUCGCGUGCAACUUAUUAAUGAUACCACAUUGAGAAUCACUGUUUCUUCUGCCUUCGGUCUGUGGAGAACAUACCCAGGAGCUCAUGCAUUUAUUCGUUUCCUAACACCUGGAACGUUUUGGCAGACACAUCCAUUCACCAUAAUAUCUUAUUUGAGAGAAGAAAAUACCAUACGUUUCUAUUGCAAAGUGAAGCAAGGAGCUACUAAAAGAAUUGCCAAUUUUGUUAAAGCAGAGAAAGGAUCAUCAAGAAAUAUUUGGAUAACAGUGGAUGGUCCAUACGGAAACCAAAAUCCUUAUCAUCACUAUGAUAAAGCUGUGUUUAUUUCCAGUGGAAAUGGAUUUCCCGGCUCUUAUCCUUCUGUCAAGAGUUUAAUGGACUCCUCUUCAAAAACGGAGAUAAAGCUGUAUUGGACUAUCACAGAUUACAGCUAUAUUGAUUGCUUUGCGGAAGAAUUAUCUGCGUUGAAGGGUCUUCCAUUCAAUCCAGUUGUAUAUGUCACUCAUCCAAAUAAUUGCUUCCCGAUUAUUGAUAUUUCUGAAUCUGUUAAUGAUUCUUCAACAAACUCAGAAAAUGAAUCCAAGGGUUCAGCGCAAGUUCGAGAAUUGAGCACUUCUAAUGAAAUCAAAAAGUACUUUGAUUAUAUAACAUUUAUCGAAGGCCGAAUGGAUAGCCAGCAAAUUGUUGAAAGGGAGUUAAGCAAUGCAAAUGGCACAGUAGCAUUCGGUUGCUGUGCUCAUGCACGUAUUAAUGAUACUGUGAGAGCAGAGUUGGUAAAACACCUCAAAGGCUCAGAUCCAAACUUCAGUUACUUUGAAGAAACACAGGUGUGGUGA